GAGGUUAGCAGCCCUGCGUAUUAGUCAUCUGCAGAAAUAUUUUGCGUCAUUCAUUUGUGAUUACUUGUUUAUAAUUGAUACAAUCAGUUUAAUAUUUUGUGCCGUAAAGCAACAAAUAACUCUUCACUUUUAAUACGACAACAUGGGGAACGAAAUGUCGUCUUCGGCUAUGGACAAACAUCUUUUCAAUUUAAAGUUUGCCGUUAAAGAGCUAGAAAGGAGUUCAAAACGAUGUGAAAAAGAAGAAAGACAAGAGAAAGCAAAAACCAAACAGGCUAUUCAAAAGGGCAACAUGGAGGUAGCAAGAAUUCAUGCCGAGAAUGCUAUAAGGCAAAAGAACCAGUCACUAAAUUACUUAAAAAUGUCAGCCAGAGUUGACGCUGUGGCCAGUAAAAUUCAAUCAGCUAUAAUGACGAGGAAAGUUACAAAUAACAUGGCAGGUGUUGUCAAAGCGAUGGAUGCAGCAAUGAAAAGCAUGAAUCUUGAAAAAAUUUCCAAUGUGAUGGAUAAAUUUGAACAACAGUUUGAAGACCUGGGUGUUCAAACUGAUGUACUUGAGAAUACUAUGUCACAAACGACAACAACACUUAUUCCUCAGAAUGAAGUUGACUCUCUGUUACACGAAGUGGCUGAUGAGGCUGGUCUAGAGCUCAAUAUGGAACUCCCAUCUGGAGUGGAAGGCAGCACUAUUGGCACACCAAGUGAAGUAUCUCAGGAGCAAGAUGAACUCACUCAACGACUCGCCAGGUUGAGACAGGCCGAGUAAAGUGUACAUAAUUUGUGAUAACAUAAUUUUUAUUCCCAAUCACAUAUAAAUAUAAAGUGCUUUAUAAGGAUGUCCAAGUUUAGGUUAGUGCAAAAACUGUAUGCUUAAAUGUAUUAUAAUAAAUGUAUAUUAAUUUUGUGUAACACA